GGCGGGGCGAGGUUGCACGCGGAGCGGAGCGGACGGUGGGAGCGGCGGCGGCGGCGGAGGAGGAGGCUGAGAUGCUGCAUCUGCGAAUCAUUAAAGGGGGCUUUGGCCUCCUGGGAGUGAAGAGGGUCACAGUACUCAAUGGCGUGUUUCACAGCACUCAGACUGUGGAGUAUAAACCCAUCAAAAAGGUUAUGGUGGCCAACAGAGGUGAGAUUGCGAUCAGGGUUUUCCGAGCAUGUACGGAGCUGGGGAUCCGUACGGUGGCCGUUUACUCCGAGCAGGACACGGGGCAGAUGCAUCGACAGAAGGCCGACGAGGCCUACCUGAUCGGGAAAGGACUACCUCCCGUACAAGCCUACCUCGACAUCCCCGACAUCAUCAAUGUGGCCAAGGAAAACGAUGUGGAUGCGAUUCACCCAGGCUAUGGGUUCCUCUCGGAGAGGGCCGAUUUCGCCCAGGCCUGUGUUGAUGCCGGAGUACGUUUCAUCGGACCGACCCCUGAGGUGGUGCGCAAGAUGGGCGACAAGGUGGAAGCUCGAGCCAUUGCUAUUGAUGCCGGCGUUCCCGUCGUGCCAGGAUCCUCCGCACCUGUAACAUCUCUGAAGGAAUCCCAAGAAUUUGCCGACGCCUAUGGCUACCCCAUCAUAUUUAAAGCUGCCUUCGGUGGUGGUGGCAGAGGGAUGAGAGUGGUCCAUGGCUAUGAGGAGUUGGAGGAGAACUACCAACGAGCUUAUUCUGAGGCCCUGUCUGCCUUUGGAAACGGAUCUCUGUUCAUAGAACGCUUCAUCGAGAGACCCCGGCACAUCGAAGUACAGAUACUGGGUGACAAAUAUGGCAACGUGAUCCACCUGUACGAGAGAGACUGCUCCAUCCAGCGGCGACACCAGAAGGUGGUGGAGAUUGCCCCCGCCGCUCAACUGGACCAGCAGCUGAGAGACCACCUCACCUCUGAUGCCAUCAAACUGGCCCGACGGGUGGGCUACGAGAACGCGGGCACGGUGGAAUUUCUCAUCGACAAGCACGGCAAGCACUUUUUCAUCGAGGUCAACUCCAGGCUUCAAGUAGAGCACACGGUGACGGAGGAAAUCACGGACGUUGACCUGGUACACGCCCAGAUCCACAUAACGGAGGGCAAGAGCCUGGCCGAGCUGGGCCUGAAACAGGAGAACAUCCGCAUCAAUGGCUGUGCCAUCCAGUGCCGGAUCACCACCGAGGAUCCCGCCCGUGGUUUUCAGCCCGACACUGGACGCAUCGAGGUGUUCCGCAGCGGGGAAGGGAUGGGGAUCCGGUUGGACAUCGCCUCAGCGUUCCAGGGGGCGUUGAUCUCGCCGCACUACGACUCGCUGCUGGUCAAGGUGAUCGCCCACGGCAAAGACCACCCCACAGCGGCAUCCAAGCUGAACCGGGCCCUGGCCGAGUUCCGGAUACGCGGCGUCAAGACCAACAUCCCGUUCCUGCAGAACGUGCUGAGCAACGAGCAGUUCCUGUACGGCAUCGUGGACACUCAGUUCAUCGACGAGAAUCCCGACCUCAUCCUCCUGCGGCCCGUACUGAACCGUGCACAGAAGCUGCUACACUUUCUGGGUCAUGUGAUGGUUAACGGGCCAGUGACCCCGAUCCCAGUCAAGGCGAAACCCACCACCAUAGACGCCAUCGUUCCGCAGGUUCCUGUCGGCGAACCUCCGGCCGGUUUCCGGGACAUCUUGCUGCGGGAUGGUCCUGAGGCUUUCGCCAAGGCGGUGCGGAACCACAAGGGCCUGCUGCUGACCGACACCACCUUCCGGGAUGCCCACCAGUCCCUGCUGGCCACCCGCGUCCGCACGCACGACCUGAAGCUCAUCUCUCCCUACGUGGCUCACAACAUGCACCAACUCUUCAGCAUCGAGAACUGGGGAGGGGCGACGUUCGACGUGGCCAUGCGAUUCCUGUACGAGUGUCCAUGGCAACGGUUGCAAGAGAUGCGCGAACUCGUGCCCAACAUCCCCUUCCAGAUGUUGUUGCGGGGAGCCAAUGCAGUGGGGUACACCAAUUACCCUGACAACACCGUCUACAAGUUCUGCGAGGUGGCGAAGGAGAAUGGCAUGGACAUUUUCCGGGUGUUCGACUCACUGAACUACCUGCCCAACAUGAUCCUGGGCAUGGAGGCUGCGGGCAACGCUGGCGGGGUGGUGGAAGCUGCCAUCUCCUACACUGGGGACGUCUGCGACCCGCUACGCACCAAGUACUCGCUGGAUUACUACCUGGCGCUGGCCAAGGAGCUGGUGGCUGCCGGCACCCACAUACUGUGCAUCAAGGACAUGGCGGGCCUACUGAAGCCCACGUCGGCGAGGCUGCUGGUGGGCUCGCUGCGGGACCGCUUCCCGGAGAUGCCGCUGCACAUUCACACCCACGACACGGCGGGGGCAGGAGUGGCCUCCAUGUUGGCCGCGGCCGAGGCCGGAGCAGACGUGGUCGAUGUGGCCGUGGAUGCCAUGUCCGGCAUGACCUCCCAGCCCAGCAUGGGGGCCAUGGUGGCCUGCACACAGGGGACGGAGCAGAACACAGGCAUCGACCUUGACAAGGUUAGUGACUACAGCGAGUACUGGGAGAUGACCCGGCAACUCUACGCACAGUUCGACUGCACGGCCACCAUGAAGUCGGGGAACUCGGACAUCUACGAGAACGAGAUCCCUGGCGGGCAGUACACCAACCUCCACUUCCAGGCCUACAGCAUGGGCCUGGGCAACAAGUUCAAGGCCGUGAAGAAGGCCUACACCGAGGCCAACAUGCUGCUCGGUGACCUGAUCAAGGUGACCCCGUCCUCGAAGAUCGUGGGCGACUUGGCGCAGUUCAUGGUGCAGAACAACCUGAGCCGCGAGGACGUGGAAGCUGACGUGGAGGAGCUGUCGUUCCCACAGUCGCUGGUGGAGUUCCUCCAGGGCUACAUCGGCAUUCCUCACGGGGGCUUCCCCGAACCCUUCCGCUCCAAGGUGCUGAAGGAUCUUCCUCGGAUCGAGGGGCGGCCGGGGGCCUCGCUGGCGCCGCUGGACUUCGCGGGGCUGGAGGCGGAGUUACGGUUACGCCACGAGGAUGAGAUCACCCCCGAAGACGUCAUGUCCGCAGCCAUGUACCCCAAGGUCUUCAACGAGUUCAAAGAGUUCACCGCCCAGUUCGGGCCCGUUGAGACUCUCAACACUCGACUCUUCCUGGAGGGACCAAAGCUCGCAGAGGUUUUCGAGGUAAGCCCGUGGCCAUUCAGCCCAUCGCCUCCUUGCUGCUGUCCCUCCACACAUCUCCUACAGAUAUCUCCUGCUUGGUGGCACAACGGUAGAGUUGCUGCCUCAGAGCACCAGACACCCGGGUUCGAUCCUGGCCAUGGGUGCUGUCUGUACGGAGUUUGCACGUUCUCCCCGUUACCUGCGUGGGUUUUCUCCGGGAUCUCCGGUUUGCUCCCAAACUCCAAAGACGGACAGGUUUGUAGGUUAAUUGGCUUGGUUUUGAUGUAAAUUGUCCCUAGUGUGUGUGUAGGAAAUGUUUCA